AUGGACUCAACUGUAACCACUUUCACUUCAGUCUAUGGUAAACUUGUUUCUUUAGUUCAUGACCACGUUAGUGUUUCAGAGCAAAGACACCAAGCGGAUUCCACCACAACAAAUUAUCCAACAGUGGGAGAGAAAGACGAAGUAGAGAAAACUGUUGCAGAUUUAUUUAACUUGGUAGAUGAUCCAGUUGCUACUAUCCUUUCGACCCUCCUACCGCUUACGCUUGAAAGCGUCUUUCUUGCCAUGGGGGGAGUUCAUGUUCUCUCUCUUAGACAGGGAAAUCGUUGGGAUAGGAAUCAGCUGGGGUCACCCCUCUUCUUUCUUUCGAGUUCCAGCCAUUCUCCUUCUACCUAUUAUGGUUUCAGGAACCUAUUCUACCAGAUUUUUAAUGGUGUAUUUGAUGACCAGUUUGCUGCAAUGGAUGCUCUUCUGAAUGGGAAAGAGUCCUUUGCGCUUCAGGUUCUUUACCUUUUCUUUCCCAAGAUGAUGCAUGUGGACAUCUGUGCGUGGUUAAGCAGCACUUGCCGCUUUAUCUCCAAUUCCAGUCUCACACGCAAACCAUUGCAGGAGUAUGUAUAAGAUCUUUAUAAUUAUAAACUUGAGGUUCUAAAAUCCAAUAGAACUUAAAGAUGACACGAAAGGGAAGUUUAAGUGAACUGUGAUGCUAAUAUUUUAUGACCCAAUUGUUUUGAAAACAGAUUUAAAGAAAGAUUUCUUUUUAUUGUUUCUCGUCUCUUGCAUUCAAGAAUGCAUUGCAUCAAUAUUUUUGGAAUUAAU